GUCAACACCAAAAAGUCAACACCAAACGUUAGUUAGCUGGUCGCCAAACAUUAGGCAAAAUGAAGUGAAGUGCAAUAUUACUUGACAACAUUUUUGUUAUUUGUUAUAAAAAAUGAACACAAUUCCCUGGCGACAAGGAACUAAGCUGGUUUACCUACCAAAUCUUAUUUUCACACUUUACAAACGAAGUAAUCUUCCUCCAAAUUUCGCGGCAUUUAAGGUCCCGCUGCAUGUUAAUAAAUUCGAUGUCCGGGAUUAUUUAUUACAUGUUUAUAAUUUAAAAGUUUUAUCCGUCCGUUCAAUGAUUUUUGCGAGAAAACUAUACCGUAACCGAAUGGGUCAGGUAAAACGACCCAAGUCUAUUAAAAAAGUAAUAGUAGAAAUGGAAGAACCAUUUGUUUUUCCGGAACCACCAGAAGACUUGAGUCCAUGGCAGAUGGGUCAAUUACUUCCAGAUGGAACAAGCGUUCGAAGAGUGAGUCAAUUCUCUAAUGUUUACGAACCCUUUCAUGUUCAUCGCGUGAACGCAGAACUUGGGAAAACACACUUGCCCGAAGUCAUCCAAGGCCAGUCGCUGGUAAAAGCAAUGCUGAAAAAACUGAAGUAGAAUAUCGAACAGUUAUGUUCCCAUGAAAAUAAUUACAAUUGUUUAUGAUGAAUGACUCUAUUAUAGUUUUCUUACCUAUAAAUAUUAUAACUACAUUAAAUCCGAA